AUGCCCGCGACUAACCGGUCUGUUCAUUCUGAGGAGCAGGUGUGCCGCCUUCCUCAGCUGCCAGCACUGUCACCUGCGAAGGGAGCCCCUCAAGGAUCCAGACGCACUCCUGGGCAUGUGGCGGGCACUGAGCCGGGCAGAAGGCGGCCACGCUCGGAAAAAGAAUUUGGUGUUCAUCUGGCAGAGCUGACCGUGGACCCCCAGGGAGCGUUGGCAAUUCGUCAGCUGGCAUCAGUCAUUUUGAAGCAAUAUGUGGAGACUCACUGGUGUGCCCAGUCAGAGAAGUUCCGGCCUCCUGAGACUACCGAAAGGGCAAAAAUCGUUAUUCGGGAGCUGCUGCCCAACGGGCUGAGAGAAUCGAUCAGCAAGGUACGCUCCAGCGUGGCCUACGCAGUGUCGGCCAUCGCCCACUGGGACUGGCCCGAGGCCUGGCCGCAGCUCUUCAACCUGCUCAUGGAGAUGCUGGUGAGCGGAGACGUCAACGCCGUCCAUGGAGCCAUGCGGGUGCUGACAGAAUUCACUCGAGAAGUGACAGACACACAGAUGCCACUUGUGGCUCCUGUCAUUCUCCCAGAGAUGUAUAAGAUCUUCACCAUGGCCGAGGUGUAUGGCAUUCGGACCCGCUCCCGAGCUGUGGAGAUUUUCACCACUUGCGCCCAUAUGGUCUGUAACAUGGAGGAGCUGGAAAAGGGGGCAGCCAAGGUCCUGAUCUUCCCUGUGGUGCAGCAGUUCACAGAGGCCUUCGUGCAGGCCCUGCAGAUACCGGAUGGCCCCACGGCCGACAGCGGGUUCAAGAUGGAAGUCCUGAAGGCGGUGACAGCCCUGGUGAAGAACUUCCCGAAGCACAUGGUGUCGUCCAUGCAGCAGAUCCUGCCGAUCGUCUGGAACACGCUGACCGAGAGUGCGGCUUUCUACGUGAGGACAGAAGUGAACUACACAGAGGAAGUGGAGGAUCCUGUGGAUUCGGAUGGUGAAGUGCUGGGCUUUGAAAAUCUCGUCUUUAGCAUUUUUGAAUUUGUCCAUGCUCUCCUGGAAAACAGCAAAUUCAAAAGCACUGUCAAGAAAGCCUUGCCUGAGCUGAUUUACUACGUGAUCCUGUACAUGCAGAUCACCGAGGAACAGAUUAAAGUGUGGACAGCCAACCCGCAGCAGUUUGUAGAGGACGAGGACGACGACACUUUCUCCUACACGGUCAGGAUUGCAGCUCAAGACCUGCUGCUGGCCGUGGCCACUGAGUUCCAGAAUGAGAGCGCGGCAGCCCUGGCCGCCGCAGCCAGCCGGCAUUUGCAGGAAGCCGAGCAAAGCAAGAACAGCGGCACUGAGCACUGGUGGAAGAUCCAUGAGGCGUGCAUGCUCGCCCUGGGCUCCGUGAAGUCCAUCAUCACCGACAGUGUGAAGAACGGCAGGGUCCAGUUCAACAUGCACGGGCUCCUGACCGGCGUCGUCCUCGCAGACCUCAGCCUGUCAGUGUCUCCUUUCCUCUUGGGUCGGGCACUUUGGGCUGCCAGUCGGUUCACUGUUGCUAUGUCCCCUGAAUUGAUCCAGCAGUUUCUACAGGCAACAGUUAGUGGUCUUCAUGAGACACAGCCCCCAUCAGUUCGCAUUUCUGCUGUGAGAGCCAUCUGGGGUUACUGUGACCAGCUGAAAGCCUCGGAGAGCACCCAGGUCCUUCAGCCUUUCCUGCCCAGCAUCCUGGAUGGCCUGAUUCACCUGGCAGCGCAGUUCAGCUCCGAGGUCCUCAACCUGGUGAUGGAAGCGCUAUGCAUCGUGUGCACCGUGGACCCGGCGUUCACGGCCAGCGUGGAGAGCAAGAUCUGCCCCUUCACCAUUGCCAUUUUCCUCAAGUACAGCAACGACCCUGUCGUCGCCUCGCUGGCUCAGGACAUCUUCAAGGAGCUGUCCCAGAUCGAAGCCUGCCAGGGCCCCAUGCAGAUGCGGCUCAUCCCGACCCUGGUCAGCAUCAUGCAGGCGCCGGCCGACAAGAUCCCGGCAGGGCUGUGUGCGACAGCCAUUGAUAUCCUGACCACCGUUGUGCGGAGUUCAAAGCCACCCCUUUCCCAGCUACUCAUCUGCCAGGCUUUUCCUGCCGUGGCACAGUGUACCCUCCACACAGAUGACAACGCCACCAUGCAGAAUGGUGGCGAGUGCUUGCGGGCCUACGUGUCAGUGACACUGGAGCAGGUGGCCCAGUGGCACGACGAGCAAGGCCACAGUGGGCUGUGGUACGUGAUGCAGGUGGUGAGCCAGCUGCUGGACCCCCGCACGUCUGAGUUCACCGCAGCCUUUGUGGGCCGUCUCGUGUCCACCCUCAUCUCCAAGGCCGGGCGGGAGCUGGGUGAGAAUCUGGACCAGAUUCUGCGGGCCAUCCUGAGCAAGAUGCAGCAGGCGGAGACGCUGAGCGUCAUGCAGUCCCUGAUCAUGGUGUUCGCCCACCUGGUGCACACUCAGCUGGGGCCCCUGCUGGACUUCCUAUGCAGCCUCCCCGGGCCGACCGGCAAACCCGCCCUGGAGUUCGUGAUGGCCGAGUGGACCAGCCGCCAGCACCUCUUCUAUGGGCAGUACGAAGGCAAAGUCAGCUCUGUGGCCCUGUGUAAGCUGCUGCAGCAUGGCAUCAAUGCAGACGACAAGCGGCUGCAGGACAUCCGUGUGAAAGGCGAGGAGAUCUGCAGCGUGGACGAGGGCGUCCGCACCCGCUCCAAGUCAGCCAAGAACCCCGAGCGCUGGACAAACAUUCCUCUGCUGGUCAAGAUCCUAAAGCUGAUCAUUAAUGAGCUGUCCAACGUCAUGGAGGCCAACGCUGCCCGCCAGGCCACUCCUGCAGAGUGGAGCCCAGAUGAUGCCAGUGACAUGUGGGAGGACCAGGACCAGGACGAGGACCAGGACGACGAGGAGGAGGACGGCCUAGCGGGCCAGCUCUUGUCCGACAUUCUCGCCACCAGCAAAUACGAGGACGACUACUACGAGGACGACGAGGAGGACGACCCUGACGCCCUGAAGGACCCUCUCUAUCAGAUUGACCUGCAGGCGUACCUCACGGACUUCCUCUGCCAGUUCGCUCAGCAGCCCUGCUACGUGAUGUUCUCAGGCCACCUUAACGACAACGAGAGGCGCGUGCUGCAGACCAUUGGCGUCUAGAAAGCGAGCCUCUCCACCUGGCUCCUCCGCCUGGCCCGGCCACCCACCGUUUUGCAGCCCGCGGAGCUGGAGGCGCACUUUCCUCUCUACCUGGAGUGGCCUCCUGACUCUCGGCCCUUGGCCUUUGCGGAGUGGCAGUGACGACAGUUGCAACCAGGCUGUCACGUAGGAAUGCUGGAACGAAGGACCUCUCAGAGUCCCCCUGAAGACACUCCAUCUCUAGAGCCCUUUUCUCCCCAGCGGCACCCCACCUGUGUCCCUACAGUCCUCUGCCGGCCAGUCCAGAAACACUGCCCACGAGGACCGUGCCCACGGGUUACUUUGCCCUGCCCGGAGCACAGGAAGUGACCAUGUCUAUCCGGAACGCCCGAUGGCUUUCACAGGACGUCCAAUGUGCUCAGAUGGGCGUGCCCUGGAGAGCGCACACCUCCUGCCCUCAGCACAGGCGCCCGGGCACUCGGAGGAGUGGCAGGAGGCGCCUGCCUGCAGGGCUUCGCGUGCCCUCUGCCUCCCGUGGACGACACUGCGGCUCCCUGGAGGACGGCAGCUCAUUCCUGCCUCUGCAUGACAGCCCCUCCCCAAGCUAGUCCUGUGUACACAGACGCGCGCACACGCAAAGUAAGCCAGACGGAUGGCAAUUUGUUUUUCCUCUUUUAGAAAAAACGGGGGAAAAACAGAUUUUUUUAAAAGUUCUCCUGACCCACCUGUAUUUAAUAUGCCUCUCCCACACGUUACAGAGUCGGACAUUCAAAGGUGACCCCCGUGCCCCAGCAACCCUCUAAAGUGGUUAAGUUGUAGCCCUGAGAUUUGCAGCGUGUAUUUUUCUAGGAGAGUAAAGUAAUCUUUACAAAUGAACUCAGUCCGCAUAAUAUAAGGGGUCUCAGCACCUCUGCCCCGUUCCCUUUAGAGGGAGAAUGGAGACAAUAGGGGAGGCCAGGUGAAGGUCGUCUGGACCCCGUGUGUCGGCCGAUCCGGCCCCAGGCAACUCCUAGAGGACGGGUGCUGUCCCGUAGGCGUCUUUAAGCGACGUCCCUUAAUUGGGAAAUUGAGUCCGUCGUGGGUUCAAAGCGAACGAGGGUGAGAACUCACGGCAGGAAGGGCAAAGCCAGUGCUGCCUGUCUGCCGGGACCCCCGGCCCCCGGGUGUACCAGCUGCACAGUACGUCCUGAGGUCACGUUCUCCUGUGAAGUGAGUUCACACCUCCGUUCGCACGGAAAGGGCCCCACCGCGGGGCACCUAACCGCAGGACCUUCGUGGAAGCCUGAGGAUCUUGUGGCCAGUAGUGAGCUCCUGCCACUGGGUGUCCCUGUGUCCAGCUGCCGCGUGGCAUGGGGAGGGCCCUGUGGCGGGAAAACCAUGGCGGGUCUGGCCAGCUGGUUCUCAGGAAACCGGAGUCUCACCUCGAGACGCCAUCCAUAGUUGGUCGCAAGGCAGCGCUGAAGGUCCAGUGCUCACGGCGAAAUCAACCCUCGGUUUUGGCACCAAAGGAUGGUCUCGCGCCGACAGCAUUGAACUGCUGAGUGGGAGGCUUGGGGCUCCCGUGCGUAGACUGUCUGGUGCCCAAAAUGGCCCUGCCCUCUUCCUGCUGUCCCGCUGGUUUCUGGGGAGAAGUCCUAGUAACAGUGGGGGCACCCUGCCCAGCAGGCACCCUGCUGCUGGACCCCGUGGUGCGGGCACUUCCGUGUUUCCAGAGCACUUUCACAUUCGUCAGCCCACGUCACCAUCACAGCAGGUGCACAGUGGAUGUCGUUCCCACCGCUGACAAGGACGAGGACGGAUCCCCGCAGGAAGAAGAGCCCCCCCCCAAGGCCAGUGGGGCUGCCACGGGUGAACUCCAGCCCCUGGUUGUCGCCCGUCUGUGGCUGUGUGGAAGGGCAGGGCGAGCUGGUGAGACGGAGCGGGCGUGUGAUAGGGAACAGGUGGGGUGUGACCAGAGCCCUGGCUGCUCUGACACUCGGGUCUGUCCACGUGAACGGCAGCCGGGAUGCCAGGGGCUUUCCCGGGAGCUUGCUGAAUUCCCAGUGGAGAGAACUGAAGGGAAAAUGGAAGAAACUGGGACAGGAAAGGGGGUAAAAGUCCAAGAGAGGAAGACGGUUAUCGCAGAUCGCUGAGCUGUGAGUGGCGUGGCUGCGGGGUGCGGACUGAGGACUCCAGCAGACCAGUCAGAACGAGGUUGCUGGGGGAGCGGCGCUCAGUGCGGACUCACAAGCACAUGGUCCAGGCCGCCUCCCCAUCUGAUCUUGUUACCAGACUAGAAAAACCUGCACACGGUGAAAUCCUUAGGAAAACAAGCUGGUGCCUGCCCACCCCCCCUGCACCCUCCCGGUCAGACUGCAGGUGGACCCCUGAGGGAGGGUGUGUGACGGGCCAGGGCUGUGCUUUGUCCUCAGCCCCUCCCACUCGAGUGACGAGAGGGUUUUUUGUGCCUUACCCAUUUCCAAAGAACCUGAGGCCGUUUACAAAAGAAACUAGAUAAGGGGAGGAAGCUGGCGUCCCAUUUUGGGUCACGGGAAACCUGGGAUCUGCAGGCUGUGGAAACGCGCAGAUUCUGAGUGAGGUUUUCCCGCAAGGCGCAGGUGGACAAGGGGUCUGUGAAAAGCCGAGAGGUACGGAGCAGACUCUGCGCUCCUGCUAGCGCUCUGUGCCGGUGGCAAUGUGUGCGACGUCGGGCUGGGAGCGAGGCCUGGGUUGGGGCAGAGUGGGGAGGGUCACUCCUGCGCCCGCCUGUGUGCCAGAUUGUCCCGUGUGCUCAGCCACGGCGAGGAAAGCGCACGGGAGCCAGAAGAGCCUCGGAGGGCCGGGGAGCAGGACACCGUUUCGGAAAAUGGGGGCCCAUGAAGGACACACUCCUCUUCUCACGCAGACAUCCUGCUCGGCUGCUUUGUUCUGUUUCGGCAAACAGGAAGCUUGUUACGGCCAGGCCUGUUCCCUCCUGGUAGGGAUCAAGUGAUGCCGCGCGAGUGGGGUGCUGUGAGGGGAGGCCCUGGACUGCCGGGGAGCUGCACGCGGUUGUCUCGUUUAGACCAUUGAGUGGAGCGGGCGGCUUUGGUUUCCCCAUUUAUAGAUUGGUGAAACCACGACGGCACAGAGAUACUGUGCUACCUGCAGAAGGUCACACCGCAGGUACGUGAGUCAGUGCAAGUAGCCUGCGCUUUUUGCCAGUUCUCUUCUCCCCUGUGCCUCUGCCAGGCAGAUGGGGGCAGGGCUUUCCAGAGGAAAGAUCGUCGUGGAAUAAAUUGCCUUUUCUGAGCGUA